AUGAGUGGGAAGUGGCGUAGCCCACUUGACAUUAUUUCUAAAUAUCUUCUAUUUUUUUUUAUCUCCAGACCAAUAGAGAGAUGCUUCAGUUUAUCCGAAGAUCAUAUCUUCCAGGUGGAUCUUGCCUUCAACAUUUUCUUUCUCCUCUACUUUAUUCUGAGGUUUAUAGCUGCUCAGGACAAAUUCUGGUUCUGGCUUUCACUGAAUUCUGUUGUGGAUUUCUUCACCAUUCCUCCAAUAUUUGUAUCCAUCUAUAUGGUCAGAACAUGGCUUGGCCUGAGAUUCUUGAGGGCACUUCGUCUCAUGCAGCUUUCAGAGAUUCUCCAGUUCCUGAGUAUUCUCAGGACCAGCAACUCCAUCAAGCUUCUCAACCUGGUUACACUCUUAUUAACACUCUGGCUGGGAUUCGCAGGCAUCAUACACCUGGUGGAGAAUUCAGGUGACCCUUGGUUGCAAUUUGCCAACAAGCAGCCCCUCUCAUAUUGGACGUGUAUUUAUUUCCUGGUCGUUACCAUGUCAACAGUCGGCUACGGUGAUGUGUAUGCCAAAACGGUCCUUGGAAGGAUCUUUGCCACUCUUUUCAUCUUCGGCGGCUUGGCCUUGUUUGCCACAGUGGUACCUGAAAUCUAUGAAAUCUUAAGCCAGAGAGGAAAAUACAGUGGAUCAUUACAGUCAGAAAAGGGCAAAAAGUAAGUUCAUGAAAGCAUUCAUUGUAUCUUCCCAGGCCUACACGAUUCAUGUUACAGUCUUUUGGUUGUAAAGUGUUUGAAUAUGGAUAGAAAUGUUAACGGUGAAAUUGAAUGUCAAUUGAUUUAUUUUGAAUGCUGAGUGCCAGAAGGGCGUUCAAGAUAAUCUUGAAUUCCAGAAACAUUAAUUCCGACAAAAUCCAGUUACCGGUAUCUUUAAAUUCCACUUUAUUUGUAUGAGGGAAACACAAAAGAUGGUCUUUAUAUGCAGGUGGUCUUUAUGUACAGGUUCUUCUAGUACACAUUUCAAUGAGAAACCAUUUUCAGGGGAAAUUAGAAAAUGCAGUCUCUAUAGACAGGUGGUCUUUAUAUGCAGGUUGCUCCUAAAGCAGGUUUCACUGUGUAUAACUACAGAGUAAGAUGUAAAAUAAAGAGGGUGUUCCUUGAACAUUGUCUAGUGUCGUUUGUAUUUGAUUUUCAUUAUACAGUCAAACCUGUCUAUAGUGACUGCCCAAGGGAAACUCAAAAAGUGAUCUUUGUAGACCGGUUCGUUUAGUACAUGUUUCAA